AUGCCUACUAAGUCGGGUCUCACGUUUCUUGCCAGAUUUGCCCAUGAAUCCUCUGUGAAUAAUGCACUUCAAACAGAAGGCAACCUCACGAUCAACCACCUUGUAUUGAGCAUCAAACCUUCAUAUAAAUCAAAAUGGCAAGCCAUAUGGGGCAGAAAUCGACGAGGGUCAUCAGGGCAGCAAAGACUUGGCUCUUUGAGCAGACAGAGGCAGGGAUCCUUUGUCGGUCAACCGCCGCUGAACUAUAUGGAGCCGGCUAGGCCUUACGAGCAGGAGUCAUUCAAGCCUUCGCCACCUUUCAUGCCGCCGAACCUACCAGCGAUACCUCAUACGAACAAUGCAUACUUGCCUAAGCCAGGUGAUCCUUCAGUCUCUGGAUUUUUCUCUGCUCAAGCAAUGGCCUCAAAAGCGGCUGUGCCCGUUGCCCCGAUCCCUAGUCAAAUGCCAGGCCAAGCCGACGCUGUGGUUGAAACACGUUCACCACCAAGGCCUCCACGGGGGCAGAGCAGUAAGAGAAAACAGAAGGCUUCCUGUCUCCGGGUCGAAGAUUCUCAAACAAAGCCACCAGCUGUCGAAGUUUUAGAUGAUGGCACUUUUCCUCAGGGCACAUCCGAAGCUAAACCAGCGAGUGUCAGAGUGGCACUGCCAAGCGAGACAAACGCUCCCGCGCCUGUCAACCUGAGCCUUGAUGACAAGUUCCCUCCAGAUAACAUGACCGACACGAAACCAACUGAAGGAGCGGUGGAAAGUAAACAGGGAGGACCCGAGCCACAAUCUCAUGGUCUCGAUGACCCGCUUCGCACGAUGCCUGCAGACAGCUUAAUCCAAACUCCGCUCAAGCAGUCAGUGAAAACAAAGAAAGAGAAGAGUCAUGGGCGCCGAGAAGAUGAGAGUUCGUCUGAAAAUUGGCAGCUGAGUUCCCAAGGACUUGACGGGGCCAGCUCAUCGAGGAUCGAACUGGAAUCAUCAAGCCAGCAUCCUAGUGGAGGACCAGACGUUGCCCCUGUAGAAAAGCAACAUGAAAAGCAGGAAGAGAAACCUGAAACUCAGGAAGAGCAACCUAAAAAGCACGAUAAGAAAACUGAAAGGCUGGAAAAGCAACCCGAAAAGCAAGAAGAACAACUUAAAAGAGAGGAAGUCUCGGAGCCUACGGUGUGGAACAAUUGCAGGAUUCCGAGCAUCUUCACUGCUGAAGAAAUUAAGGGCAGGAAGCAAGCUUGGGAUCGGAUCCCAAUGCCUUUGAAAGAUCAAAAGACCAAGAAACGGAAUCUCCCAAUUUCAGCUAAGCCAACCUCAUCGGCUUCCAAGGCUCACGCUGUUAAGAAUAAGCUUCAGAGCCCCAAAGGUAAAAAUCGCACCACGGAGGAAAAUCAAAUCCCUUUCCCGCUUCCGAAAACCCAGCCUCAGCAAACCGAGGCCGAACAGUCGGUAGAUCCUGAAGGAUUUCAGCUCGUAUCGCCAAGAAGAAAGAGAAUAGGGAAAGAGAAGCAGCAUCCUCAGACCUUGACGAUUCGGGAGAAUCAGCGCCGAGGUGUUGAAAGAGAGAUCACGAACUUCUUCGGCUUACUACCCGGCCAACAAGUUACAAUCGAAGCACACGAACAUGGCAGUGAGAUGGAAGAAUCACCUGAUGUCUCAAGCAGCCCUCCUACGAAGGGAAAUGACUCUGGUCAAGCCGCGCCCCCAAAUGAAACACCACCUGUCGAGCAGAGCCAACCAAAGAGCAAAAAGAAGAAGAAGAACAAAAAGAGCAAGAGAAAUCAGUCGGUCUCCUCGUUGGCGGUAGCCGAAGAGCCUCGCGCGCCAGAAAAACUUCCUGAAGCAACUGACCCAACCCACAGUUCUGAAACCCUCAAAACUGACUCUCAGGUGGAAGAUCCCCAAAUUCCGUCCGAUGGAAACAAGCCCAGCGAAACACCUGACUCUUCCGGUCGUGACACUCUGGGAUUCAAGGCUGGGGCACCCUUUGGAAGUGGAGGCACCUUGAAGAUGCCCAAGAAACGAGCAAAGCGGCCUCAAGUCACAGACUCACACUGGGAGCCGCAGAAAGGCCUCGAGAUAAAGACCUCUGCCGGUGUUGGACAGUCGGGCUUGGAGAGCGAAGCCUCUUCAUCAAGGAUGGCCACACCUACGAGUGAAACAAGCAAUGGCCUGAAUCCACGGGCGAGCGACUUCAUAUCUCCUCCUGCAGAGAAACAAUCCUCGGAUGAAGACAGUGACAUGAGCGUCAUGUUAGGGGUGUUUGGGCAGCUGGCUCAGAAUAAACGAGAGACCGAGGCACUCAUGAAACAAAAGGAAAAUGAACCCUAUAAACGAGAGAAAGGGGGAAGUCGAAGCAGCUCCUCUGAAACGAUUGACUGGGAAGAAACAGGUUACAGGAGGCAUACAAGUAACGACGAGCGUCCCUCCAAAUCCCGCUCAGAAUCUCCGCCGCAUAUAAUUUUUACAAAGGGGAAGCAACCUGAGAUAAAAUCAGGUAAAGGCAAAGAGCCCAUGGGUCCUGCGACAGAAAUCGCAGAAGAAGGCCCGGCCUUGAAAAAGAAAGAACAGCCCACAGCCCCUGGAUGCCCCGGUGACCCCGGUGAUCCUAACGAACCUGGAGACAAGCCCGGUUUAGUCAACGAUUCGUGGCCAAGGCUACCUCCGCGAGAGCUUCUUACUCAAGACAUGUUACUAAAUGACGCACCUGCGGCAUGGAAAAGACGUUAA